CGACUCUCGCCAUGCUUUCUCAACUACCUGUCCUAAUCGCACCCUUCAUUCUGGGAGGUGUAUCACUGGUAUCGGCUCAAAGCAUGCCAUCAAACGCAUAUACCCCGCUUUCCGAACCAUGUCCUGCCGACUUCGCUCUCAUUCGGAACGCAGGCGCGCCUGGGAAUCAAACUCUCAGCGCAGGCGAGCGGGCGUACAUUUCCGAGCGCAAAACUCGAGCCUUGCCCAGAGCAUGGGCGGAGUACCUCGAGAACGUCCAACGCGCGGGAUCAAACGCGAAAGCUACCCUCCCUCCUUACGUCUCCGCCAUCCUCGACAGCAUUACCGACCAGCCAACGCUCGGCAUCGCUGUGAGCGGUGGUGGCUACCGCGCCGCAGCGUUUGGAGCGGGUGUGCUAAACGCCCUGGAUGGGCGUAAUGCGAGCUCGGCAGCCACGGGACUAGGUGGGUUGAUGCAGGCGGCCAGCUAUCUCACCGGUUUAUCGGGCGGCUCGUGGUUCGUUACGUCGUAUGCGCAGGCGAACUACCCGCUCGUCCAGGAGCUUGUCUUCGGCCCCGACUCUUCGCGGGCUGGAAUUGAUGCACUGUCGAUGGAUUACGGAGGGUGGCUCGCAAACUACAGCUUCGAACAGCCGAGCGACAAUGCAACUGCCAACACCUUCUUUGCGACGACCGUCGUUGAGGAAAUCGAAGGAAAGAAAGAUGCGGGGUUCAAUGUGACGUUUGCAGAUGUCUGGGCGAGGCAGCUCGCGAGGCACUUCGCAAAUGGGACAACGCAGGUGAACUUCUACGACGAGAAUGUGCCGCACGGAGCUGGGAUUACGUUGUCAAGCGUUGUAAAUACUUCAGCAUUCACAUCAUACAGCGCGCCAUUCCCCAUCGUUGUCACGGACCUGUACCUCCCCGGCCUAGGCGUCCUCUCCACCAACCCGAUCUUGGAAUUCAAUCCCUAUGAGAUGGGCUCGUUUGACCCUAGCCUCGCUGCGUUCACACUAACUCAGUACCUCGGUUCAACGAAUGAAAGCGUAUGCGUGACGAAUUACGAUCAGGUUUCGCGCGUCGCGGCGUCUUCGUCGGAGUUGUAUAAUAUCCUCGAUGAUGCAGCGCUCGCGUACAUCGAUGGCCCUCUCCUCGAGGCAUAUGGCGAGUUGAUUGGAAACACAUCUGACAUGUUGUAUGCCGAAUGGCCGAAUGCGUUCUAUGGGAUCAACGGCACGGGCAUCUCUUUCCCGGCGACUAACGAGAGCUAUCUUAUGCUAGUAGACGGCGGAGAGAAUGGGCAGUCGGUACCGCUCCAACCGAUGCUUGUCAAAGCCCGUGGGGUGGAUGUUAUUUUAGCUCUGGAUGCGGAUCCCGAUACUGAGGACGGUUGGGCUGCUGGAAGCGCGUUGAUCGCCACCCAAGCAUGGGCAUCCAUUUAUCCCGAAUCCUAUACGUUCCCGCCCGUCCCAACAAAUAUCUCCGAGUUCAUCGCACAGAAUCUCUCCACCCGCCCUACCUUCUUCGGAUGCGAGGCGACAUCGUCGAAUGCUUCCGCGCCGCUCCUAGUCUACCUCGCGAAUGGCGGUCCGCCGCGCGACGGCUCCCCGCCGCUGAUGAACGUCACCACCGUCGUGCAGUCCCUCGAGCUUGACGAGCUUCAAGGGAUGCUCGACGAGGUAUGGGACACGGCUGUGCAGGGAUACCCGCUCGUCCCAGGCUACAUGAUCCCGAGCGAGCAGGGGACAGAGGUUCUGGUGGAUCCAGAGUGGCCGGUAUGCCUGGCGUGUGCCGCUGUUGAGAGGGCAAGGGCGAGGGCUGGCUAUGCGAGGGAGGGUGUUUGUGUGGGGUGCUUUGAGAGAUACUGUUGGGAUGGCAGUAUUGUGGGGUCAGAGUAGGAAUAGGAGAUUGGGGUACCUUGACCCGGACAUCCCGGAUAGUCCAGCCGUUUGUCGAUUUCUCUUUGUGGCGUUGCGGGAAGCGGUAGCUCGCAGCCACAUGGUACGCUUCUUGUAGAUAGCAAUGACUUAUGCUUCCUACACCAAUCGCAGGUUCACCCGAGGCCUCAUGUUAGAUGGGUGACGGCAGGUUUACGAGAACUCAAUCUUUUUUGUGUAUUCCCCGACAAAGGUAAGAGCCAAUUCGGUGUUCGUGUGCACUAGAUCAUCCAGCAGCCGAGGGCUGGCUUGGAGCGCUGAUUCAGACCUCCGAACGCCCAUUCUGUUCAUAUCAGUGCAUUCCUCCUAAUAUCUGGCGCACUUAUCGGACGUCCUGAACGUCCUGCGACGAAUGGAUAAGACACAUUAUCUCGCUGCAGUUUCAGUCGGGAGUUGGGCCCGAGGGAGCCGUAUGGCGGCUGCUUCUCGUCCUAUGUAUCUAUGGCAUAUCGAGGAAGUGGUGUUGCCAUACGCAACGGAGAUCGCCUCUCGAUCUUGCCCGCCAUCAGUGGCCAGCAGUGCCUCGGCCUCGAAG